CGAGUGGAGAGUGUAAGAUCAACAAGGUACAAAAGAGGGAAGAGAAAACAGAAGAACUUUUCCAUAAGCCAGACUGAGCAAGGAGCAAAACAAGGAUCAAGAAAACAAUCAAAUGAAACGCGGACAGAAGUCGACGCUUUGAACAGCACGCUCGGGUUGAGUCAGUGGGAACAGUGCAUCCCCCUAUCAGGAGUCGCACACCCCUCUCCAUCCAGACUGUUUGAUGUGAGGACCGAAUGGCUCCUUUCCCAUUGGCUCUCCCUUGGAUAGGUUGAGUGCAAUCAGCUUCGGCCUGGGUUCGCCGCGAUUGGACAGCCGGCCCGCCACUGGCUUUUAUUGUCCGCUCGCCUGUUGCCUCCGUUUCUCAAUUUGAACCCAACGGGCUGAGAGAGAGAGAGCAGAAAGCCAUGCCCAACGUUACCGAGCAGAGCACCGGAGCUACCGACCGACGUUCUCGCUGAUCAACCUCGCCCGAAAUCGAAACCGAACUCCUUCGGGAUGCCGUCGGCGGGUCUGGAGAUCGUGGGGUUGGGGCUGUGUGUCCUAGGUUGGGUGGGUGUGAUGCUAGCUUGCGGGCUGCCCAUGUGGAAAGUAUCGGCUUUCAUCGAGAGUAAUAUCGUGGUGGCUCAGACGGUCUGGGAAGGACUGUGGAUGAACUGCGUGGUGCAGAGCACCGGGCAAAUGCAAUGCAAAGUCUACAACUCCCUUCUGGCGCUGGGACAGGACAAACAGGCAGCCCGGGCGCUGACUGUCAUCGCCUCCAUCAUGGGACUCAUUGGGCUUCUGGUUACCAUCCUGGGAGCUCAGUGCACCAACUGUACCGAGGGGGUGAGCACCAAAGCCCGGAUCGUCAUCAGCGGAGGUGCCAUCUUCAUCCUGGCUGGUUUGCUCGCCCUCAUCCCCGUGUGCUGGAUGGCAAACACCAUCGUCCGCGACUUCUACGACCCCAUGGUUCCCGUCUCGAAGAAGCGAGAGAUGGGGGCGGCGCUGUACGUAGGCUGGACGGCCAGCGCGCUGCUCUUCAUCGGGGGCUCCCUGCUCUGCUGCUCCUGCCCUCCGAAGCAAGACCAGUCUUCCUUCGCUGUCAAGUACACGGCCCCGAGGAGAGCUUCGGCCAACGGGGACUACGACAAGAGGAAUUACGUGUGAACAGGUCUCCCCGGCAAUCCGAAGAGGCCAGAAUUGGACACAGGGGAAAAUGAAAUCGUGGAACCUGACCUCCCGCCAGCUUUCUAUUCUGCUUAUUCAAAGCAGUCCUUUUUUUAUUUAAUGGAUUUAUAUUGUAAACGAAAACAGGAGUGUUCAUUGUGUAUCUAAAGCAGUUUGACAGCUUUGAGUUAACUGGUCGACAACUGGAUGCGCGCCCCGAAGGUGACUUCACGAGCGAUUCUAAAGGAACUUCUGAACAAUCAUUCGGACACUGAUCGAUUGUAUUUGCAAUGGACAUUUCUGUGAGCGUAGGUGUCUUAGUGAAAGUGCGGGGAAGGGGGGGGGGGGGGAGCUCUCCCCUCUCUCGGUCUCACGUCCAGGCUUUCUCUGUAGCUGCUCCGCCAGGCAUUGUUAGGUGGUCAGUUUAGACUGAGCCUUGUAGCAUUAAUUAGAAAUCUUGAUUCAUUAGAAAUGUUGAUGGAGCAGAGCAGUUCUUUUACUCCGUGUUACCAGCCAGAAGUAACCCAGCGCUUACUCACUGUUUUAGCCCAAAUCACUUUUCAGAUUGUUUCAUUGAUCAUAAAUGUAGAUUAUCGCAGAAGUUAAUGGUGCCUAACUAUUCCUCGGCUCUGCCCUCGUGUUCGUAGUUUAAUGAGACUAAAUUUAGUGCGUUAGGUGCAGUUGGCUUUAUGAAUGAGAAUUUGGAUCCCGGCAGAGAGUGGAUUCACGAUCUACUUUGUUGUGGCUGUUUGUUGUCACAUUCGUUCAGUUAAAGCUCUUCGUGGCGAUUUGAGUCCGCGGCGAAUCGUUCACUAACCCGUCAGACUGAUCUGAGAUCCCACUCUUCCUAAAAAGGCGCUGGUCGCUUCGACCUGUUGCUUGUCUCACGUCGAACAAAACAGCGGACUCCCUUUUCAGAGCGCCGUUUCACUCCCUCCCAGUGCGAACAACGGUUCAUCAAGGCGGACACCUCUCGGCCCAUUAGAAACCCGGUGUCUGGAGUGGGCAACUCUCUCCGGACAUAGUGAGAUUAACGAUGGAUAUUGACGCCUGAGAGUGCGUGGGGCAGGGCGGCGAUAUUGCGAGUAUUAGUGGCGAAAGCAAUUACCAAGACAGUAUUAAUGCAGACAGUAUUAAUGCAGGCCUUAUUAAUGCAGGCGGUACUAAUGCGCGCCACAUUAGUUGGAAGGCGCAGAUAGACGAUUCAGAAUACAAUAUUGCGUUUAGGGAGUAUGGGAGAGUUACUGGAGCAGGAUACAGUCAAGGAAGCGACUGUGAAUAUGGAAAUCAAAAGGCCUGAAACGUUGACUGCUUCUCUUCUCACAGAUGCUGUCUGAGUUGCUGAAUUUUUGCAGCAUUUUCUGUUUUCAGGUUAGGGAUCGCGUCUGGACAGUGAGAAUGGAGACAAUAUUGUAUCAUUGUGGGACAGUAUAUUGGUCGUAGGGUGAGGUCUGACUGAGGUGAAUAUUGAUAAUGGAAUCAGUGUUAAUGAUCUAGGCAGAAACCGUUUUUUUAACAUUGAUUUGCCGAAGGGCCCACCGAUUGGUUCAGAUAAUGCUGACUCCUGAUACCCCUCCCUGCAGUGGCGGCGAAGCAUUUGAAUUCCUUCUGUGAGUUGGUGGUGAGAACUCUCCCCAACAAACCGUUCUCAUGACUCGGCUCACACCGCCCCCCCCCCACCCCAGCAUUUCGCAUUUUCUCUUUGAAUGUGAAUGUAAUAAAUGCACAAUGCGGACGGUCACGUGAAUUUCAGGAUGGGGUGGGGGAAGGCUUGCGCGGGAUUGCUGGUAAGAGGACGUCUUGUCGCCCUGGUUACCGGAGAUGCUGCUGGUAGCCAGGAAACCAGCCAUUCUUUGUUGGGCCCCCUCCAGUCUGAGUCCUUCGGCGCUCAAAGCCUCGCGUCACAUGCCCUGGCUGAACGCCCCCUCAGAAACCCAACCCCUCAACGCACAAAGCCUUGGCAACGUGCUAACUCCAGCCUUGCUUUUCCAAAUGAGAGGGAAGCAAUGUUACACACAGGGACGAUUCUAAUUCACACUCGGUAGCCGUAACUUUGGGCAAUAAAGUAAAACCAGGGGAAUCAGAUUAGCUGCCCACUAAUCUCAGUUGAAAUCAGUCAGGGCGGACAGUCGCAACGAUCGGCACAUUUACCUCCCGCGGUUAGAAUCGCCCAUAUCAGAAGCAGCAGCGUGGUUUCCAUAUCACAUAAGUUGCCCCAGUAUUCUGCUCCGAUCCACCUUCCAAAGUGCAGAACACAAGAAAAUAGGAGCUUUAGUAGGCCACUCGACCCCUCAAGUCUACCCCGCCAUUCAAUAUGAUCACUGCUGAUCUGCCCCAUACCUUAGCUCCUCUUCUGUACCAGAUCCCUAAAACCAUCCAUUACCAGUCUCACGAUCUCCGAACGCUACGUGCCCCAGCUUGGCGGAAAUACCUGUCUCCAAUCCCAACAAUAUACCCCAGGACAUUAUUUAAAUUAAACCGUUAACUGCUCUCAACGUGGUCUGUUAAAUAACCCUAAAUUGUGUUAUGUUCUUGCAUUAUCUAUCCUUGUUGGCCAAUUCCCUUCCAUCAAGCGUACUGUGUUUUUUUUCCAUUUCAUUUAAUUUCCCGAGGAAGAUGCAAUACGCGACAGUGGGGCAAAUCAAGAAUUAAAUAGGAAAAUCGCCCGCUAUCCGCAAGAACAAUCGAGCAAAGCUCCUGGAGAUUGUUUCAGCCACACAGUCCCGGCCAGGAGAGUGAAGCCUGUUCCAGUGCGUGUUUCAAGACUGGGCUGCCAUUUUGUGUGCGAGUAUGACCCUCCAUUUAAAAGAUGGAGCUGUUCGAGGAUCCAUGUACCAACACCCAACGGUGUCUUUUCCAAACGGGGAGAAGUUAUAACAGUGAGUGUCCACUGGGCAACACUUUCGAUAAGUACUUGUGCUUCUACAUUUUCGUAAUGAGAAUCGGAAGCGGGCUAUAAACACCCUUCCCAUCCCGUCACCCCCAACCAAAGAAUGUCCUUCAUCCAGGUCCUACAUAUGUCGCUUUGAAGAUAGGGUUCCAACAUUGUACAGAACGGUGUGACUGUUUAUGCAUUUAAUUAAAAGAACUUGCACGCGUGAGAUGCAUCGCAGUGCUUAACUAACCCCAAUGAGAAGAAGCAUGACUGGAUACUUGUAGCGAAUGGUCAAUAACUACAUUGCUCUGCAUCUCUGCUAAUGGAAACAUUGUAUGCAGGUUCGAUGUUUUCGAUGCUACUGUGUAUCAUCUCACAUUUAUCUAUAUUAAAAAGAACAAUUUCUUAA